UUUUGUUAGACGUGUCAAAAGAAAAAAAAACGUAAAGCAGAGUUGAAUAUUUUUUAUUUCUCUGUAACGUUGCAGAAAAAUAUUAAUUUUGUGCCGGAGACUACUGGCAAUACAAUACAAAGUUUAAUUUAUUGCUAUAUUUACACGAAACGUGAAGUGUGAACAUAGGAAAAGCUUUCCGGAGCCGUAAUGUUGACUAAUUUUGAAACGAAAUCUGCCCGUGUUAAGGGCCUCUCAUUCCACCCGAAAAGGCCAUGGGUUUUGGCAAGUUUACAUAGCGGAGUAAUUCAGUUGUGGGACUAUCGCAUUAGCACCUUAAUCGAGAAGUUUGAUGAACAUGACGGCCCGGUACGUGGCAUUGCGUUUCACAGUCAGCAGCCGCUGUUUGUAUCCGGUGGCGAUGAUUUCAAGAUAAAAGUGUGGAACUACAAACAGCGUCGGUGCAUUUUCUCAUUGUUGGGCCAUUUGGAUUACGUACGUACGACUAUGUUCCAUCAUGAGUACCCAUGGAUUCUGAGUGCCUCGGAUGAUCAAACUAUUCGCAUCUGGAACUGGCAGUCGAGAUCGUGCAUUUGUGUUUUGACUGGCCACAACCAUUAUGUCAUGUGUGCCCAGUUUCAUCCAUCGGAUGACAUCAUUGUGUCGGCAUCGUUGGAUCAAACCGUUAGAAUUUGGGAUAUCUCCGGGUUAAGAAAAAAGAAUGUUGCACCCGGUUCGACUGGAUUAGACGAUCACUUGAAGAAUCCAACGGCAACGGAUUUGUUUGGUCAGGCGGACGCCGUCGUGAAACACGUUUUGGAGGGCCAUGACCGUGGGGUGAACUGGGCCAGUUUUCAUCCGACAUUGCCGUUGAUCGUGUCCGGAGCUGACGAUCGCCAGAUCAAGUUGUGGAGAAUGAAUGAGUAUAAGGCAUGGGAAGUUGACACUUGCCGAGGACACUACAACAACGUGUCAUGCGUUCUGUUUCAUCCGCGGGCAGAGCUAAUUGUAUCCAAUAGUGAAGAUAAAAGCAUCCGCGUGUGGGAUAUGACCAAACGUCAGUGUAUUCAUACGUUCCGACGAGAACACGAACGUUUCUGGAUUAUGGCUGCCCAUCCCAAUUUAAACCUGUUCGCUGCUGGUCAUGAUUCCGGAAUGAUUGUGUUCAAAUUGGAGCGUGAGCGUCCUGCCUAUGCUGUCUACGGCAACUGUCUUUACUAUGUCAAGGAACGUUUCCUGCGAGAGUUGGAUUUCAAUACAAAAACUGAUACGGUGCUGAUGACCAUCCGAGGUGGCGGAAAGACACCAGUGUACAAUAUGUCGUACAAUCCGGCUCUUAAUGCUGUACUGUUGUGUACCAGAACAUCCAAUCUGGAGAAUAGCACCUACGAUCUGUACAGUAUUCCGCAAAAGGACAGCGGCUCUCAAAACACUGAAACCGAUAGCAAGCGUUCUUCGGGCGUGACUGCCGUUUGGGUUGCGCGUAAUCGAUUUGCCGUGUUGGACCGCUCCAAUCAGUUGGUGAUCAAAAACUUCAAGAAUGAAGUUACCAAAAAGAUUCAAACACCGGUUUGUGAUGAAAUUUUCUACGCUGGCACUGGAAUGUUGCUGCUUCGUGAACCGGAACACGUUACUUUGUUUGAUGUUCAGCAGCUUCGCACUCUAGCGCAGGUCAAGAUUACCAAGUGUAAGUACGUGGUUUGGUCGGCAGACAUGAGCCACGUGGCGUUACUGGCCAAGCAUACACUCAACAUUUGCAACCGGCGGUUGGAUUUGCUCUGUUCCAUUCACGAGAGUGCUCGUAUCAAGAGUGGAGCUUGGGACGAUUCGGGGGUGUUUAUUUAUACCACCUCCAAUCAUAUAAAGUAUGCCAUCAUCAAUGGAGAUCAUGGAAUCAUCCGCACUUUGGACCUUCCGAUUUAUAUUGCUCGCGUAAAAAAUAGCCAGGUGUUUUGCUUGGAUCGGGAAUGCCGUACUCGGGUAUUGAACAUUGACACUACCGAAUACAAGUUCAAGCUGGCACUGAUCAAUCGCAAGUACGAGGAAGUACUGCACAUGGUACGCAAUGCGCGUCUUGUCGGACAAAGCAUCAUUGCUUACUUGCAGCAGAAAGGCUAUCCGGAAGUGGCUUUACACUUUGUCAAGGAUGAGAAAACUCGAUUUGGACUAGCGUUGGAGUGCGGUAACAUCGAGGUGGCUCUGGAUGCUGCAAGAGCACUCGAUGACAAGCAGUGCUGGGAGCGGUUGGCACAGGCGGCGCUCAUGCAAGGCAAUCAUCAGGUAGUGGAAAUGUGCUACCAACGCACCAAAAACUUCGAUAAAUUGUCCUUCCUCUAUUUGAUUACCGGAAAUCUGGACAAAUUGAAGAAAAUGAAUAAAAUUGCCGAAAUUCGUAAGGAUGUAUCCGCUCAGUAUCAGGGUGCUCUGCUACUGGGCGAUAUCAAGGAACGCGUUUCCAUUUUGAAGAAUUGCAAUCAAACAUCACUGGCUUACCUAACUGCCAAAACACACGGUCUGGAAGAGGAUGCCACUCAGCUGGCUGAGACUAUUACGAGUGCUGGAAAAGAUUUGCCGGAAGUCAACGAAAAGGCCAAAUUUUUACGGCCGCCGGUACCCAUUCAACAGGCUGAAAGCAACUGGCCCCUGUUGACGGUUUCCAAGGGCUUCUUUGAGGGUACGAUGAUGUCACGUGGAGCAGCAACCGUUCAUCAGGCUUUGGCUGCUACGGAAACCGUAGUCGAGGCUGCCGAUGAGGACGGUUGGGGUGUGGAUGAUGAUCUGAAGGAUGACGAUAAGUUUGAAGAUGCUAAGGAAGAUGGAGACAUUAAGGCUGAGGGCGGUGAAUCUGCUGGCUGGGAUGUAGGUGAUGACGAUUUGGAACUUCCGGAGGAACUUAUGUCGAAAAUAUCGGCUAGCACCACCGGGGACAAAGGAUUUUAUGCGGUGCCGCCGAAAGGUUUACCACCGUCACACUUUUGGACGAUCAAUUCCCAACUGGCCGCGGAUCACGUUCGCGCUGGGUCAUUCGAAACUGCAUUCCGAUUGCUGCAUGAUCAAAUUGGAGUCGUUAAUUUUGCUCCGUAUAAAAACAUCUUCAUGGAAUCACACAUUGGCUCAAAAACCUCGUACACAUGUCUGCCAAAUAUUGGCCCAUUAGCGGCAUUUCCCAAUCGUAACUGGAAAGAACUGAAUGUCAAAAAUAGUCACCCCACAUUGGCAUUUAAAUUGAACGAUUUGGUUCAGAUGCUUCAAACUUGCUACCAGUUGACUACAACUGGAAAAUUCACGGAAGCCAUCGAAAAAUUGCAGCAUAUUAUUCUUUGCAUUCCUCUGUUGGUUGUUGAAUCCCGCCAGGAAAUAGCGGAAGCCCAGCAGCUACUGACCAUCUGCCGAGAAUAUGUUGUUGGUCUUCAAAUGGAAACGCUUCGUAAAGGGUUGCCGAAGAACACUUUAGACGAGCAGAAACGAAUCUGCGAGUUAGCUGCCUACUUCACCCACGUCAAUCUGCAGCCGGUGCAUCAAAUUCUUACCCUCCGAACGGCACUGAAUCUAUUCUUCAAAUUGAAAAACUACAAAACGGCCGCCUCUUUUGCACGUCGUCUGAUCGAUUUGGGACCACGGCCGGAGGUUGCGGCACAAGCUAGGAAAAUCCUAUCCGCCUGCGAAGUGAACGAAGCCGACGAACAUACGCUGCUGUACGAUGAACACAAUCCAUUCACGUUGUGUGCCGUCACGUACAAGCCCAUCUACCGGGGAAAACCGGAAGAGAAGUGUUCGCUUUGCUCGGCAUCCUAUCAACCGGCGUACAAAGGUGUGACCUGCAUCGUUUGUCAAGUGGCUGAAGUGGGCAAGGACGUCAUCGGGCUGAGAAUCAGUGCAUCGCAGUUCAAAUAAAGUAUUGAGACAGGCUUUCGGUAGUCUACAAAACGUACGCAUUUUAGAAUAAAAACUAUAAACCUCUUAUUAAGUAAUAAAUAUGCUAUGGUCAAUACAUGUAUUCCAUUACGAUUAUCUUGUGAAAACUGAGGUUGAGCAGUAAUGUAUGAAAAACGAUUCAAAAUCAAUAAAUAUAGCCAGUCCAUUGACAUUCUUCUGCAA